CAAUUCCAUCCAACCAUGUGGUUGUCGUGUCACUGCCGCUGUCAAUGCCAUUGACCCGAUGGAGCUGGUCGCUUUGCUCACUCUUCCUUUUGCAACGUGAAGUAAAGAUAAGAUGAGGGUUAUACUGCCUCUGACCGUCUUGGGUCUGUCGUUGGCGAAUGCCAAUAGUGCUCUCCUGCCUUCGACCUACGCAGGCUCCAAGGGUCUACACGAGUUGGCCAAAGCUCAGGGCAAGUACAUGGGCACAGCUACAGACAAUGGCGAGCUCACGGACACAAACUACGUCGCGGCACUGCAGAACAUUAGUGACUUCGGCAUGAUCACUCCCGGUAACGCCAUGAAAUGGGACGCCACCGAGCCUACGCAAAACACAUUCACUUACACAAAAGGCGAUGCCAUUGUGACGCUGGCUAAAGAGAUGGGCGCUCGAGCGCGUUGCCACACACUACUGUGGCACCAGCAGGUUCCGGAUUGGGUCAAAAGUUUAAGUAAAAGUGAGAUGCUCGCCGCUUUAGAGAACCAUAUUACGGAGGUGAUGACCCAUUUCGGAGACUCGUGCUACGCCUGGGACGUUGCCAAUGAAGUCAUGGGCGACGACGCCACGUACCGCAAGUCGUUCUGGUACAAUACGACGGGCACGGACUACAUCACGACGGCGUUUAAGACUGCAAAUUCGGUCAAAAAGUCGCUUGGUUUGAGUACUAAAUUGUACUACAAUGACUAUAACACCGACACGGUCAAUGCCAAGUCGACGGCUGUUAUGGAUAUGAUCCAGACGCUGCUGCUCGAUAAAAACAUUGGCAUUGAUGGAGUAGGUUUCCAGUCGCACUCGAGCUACUCGGACACUGCUACAGCUAAAGAUAUAGUGACGAACCUAGAGCGCUUCACUGCUCUAGGACUGGACGUGGCCUUCACGGAACUUGAUGUUAAGACAAGCUCCACUACGCCGUCGGAAGAGGAACAAGAGCAGCAAGUCGCAGUAUACACCAACGUGGUGUCUGCGUGUCAGCAGGUGGAGGACUGUGUCGGUGUGACGAUCUGGGACUUUGAUGACACGUACACGUGGCUGGAGAACUCGGCCCCGCUCCCCUGGUACCAACCGAAUGGCAAAGGAACGGGACUGGUCCGCAAACGCGCAUACGACGGAAUUGCAGCUGGAUGGGGCACAGCUGCAGUGUCCUCGGACACGUCAAGUGGUACUACUGAAAGUGCCAGUGUCCAAGUCUUCGACGACAAAUAUCUCUACUGGCUCCGAAACUACUAG